UCCCAAAUUACAUAGUUUCUCUAAUGCUGUCACUGUGUUUUCCUUUUAGAGAGAAAAUCCAAGAAGGGAGAUUGCGUGACAGCAGCAGCACAGGGACCUCCAUUUUCUUCCAGAGUCUCACCUUGUGUAAGAACUGCCGUGUCCUUGCUAGACCUCAAACCACCCAGGCCAGUGGUGUUUCAGUGAAUCCAUGGCAACAGAGGAUCCAGCUGCAUUCCAAGCAUCCUCACGAAGCAAAGAACCUUGGUGAAGGCCAUGGCAACUCCAAGGAAGGCAGGGAUCCCCUUAGGUGUCAUGAAGGUGUUAGAUCCACGCCAGCUGAAGCCUGACAGCACAGAGGCAGAAAGAAUCAUGACUGUCUUGGAUGAGACCAUUGUCAAGCUGGAGAUCACCAGGCUGAUCCCACGGAUUACUGGCUCCCUGGACAGGUAUGCUGGGAUGCUGGGACCUGAGAUCACAAGCAGCCUUUUGGAGCUUCAGAAGCUUUCAAUGGAAAUACAGCAGCUGCACACCAGCGCUGGAGAUGCAAAGACCAUCAGAGCUGCAGAGAAACACUUGAAAAGUUCCCUGAGAAACAUCCUGAGGCUCUUCCUGGUCAACCCCUUGCUUUACCAUGGGCUGAAAUUCGAAGUUCGGGUGAGAGAGUCACCAGCUGAUGCUUUCAUCAAAGCCUUCAUGGAGUUCCGAGACUCCAUGCUCGAGAGGCUCCUGACCACUCCUGAUGAGGAGAGGGAAAUGAUUCAAUUCAUGAAAGACAUUUCCCUCCAGGUUGAGAAGAACACAGAAGUGAUCUCAGCUCUACAGGCACAGCUUGAAGGACUCAUCCAGGCUCGAGAUGAAGAGGUUAGCAAGAAGGACAAAGAAAUCGAAAACCUCAAAACCACCAUGGAAGAUCUGGCCAAGAACUGCAGGACUGAAAUCCGGCUGCUCAUGAAGGAAGGGGGAAAGCAGAAAAAGGGGGAUGAGGAAGCCUCCCAGGAGAGGUGUGCCAGGCUGAAGGAGGACAUUCAGCGCCUGGGAACACAGUUCAGUGCACUGGUGCUGGAGCAUCGAGCCUCAGAGCUGGUUCUCAGGAAGGAAAAGUGCAAAACAGAGAGGGAAAUUCAGGAAUGGGUCCAGAAAUACGACACAGACAUGACAGAAAAACAGACCACAUACGAUGAACUCCAGAUUGCCUACAACAAGGAGAAGGAGCAGUUGGCCGUGCUGAUGGAGAAACACGCCCUGCUGAUCCAGGAGUACACCCUGAUCGAGGAGGAGCGCAGGAUUCUCCAGGAGAAGGCAGAGGAGGCUGCACGGGAGGAGGCCAGGAGGAACCAAGCUGCCACCCGCAUCCAGGCCUACUGGAAAGGCUACUUUGUGAGGUGCAAGUACAAGGCACUACGGAAGAAGGCAAAGGGCAAGGGCAAGGGCAAGAAAUAA